CCUCCUUUUUUGGGUGCGUGCUCGUGGUCGUGCUCGUACUCGGCUAGCCUGCGAAGUUCCCGUUCUUUUCGCUUCCCUUGCUGGCUGCCUACUCAUGAGUUUUCUUGGAGAAUGGAGGAUGAGCCCCAAGCUUCCGGGCAGCACGAGGUCGGCGGAGCCGUCGGACCUGCAGGCUGCCCUGAAGGAGAGCAUGGCUGCACUCGACCUGUUCCUGAGCAACAAGUUUGAUGAGGCGCUGGCUCAGCUUCACCCAAGGGUAAAGGACAGCAUGUAUCACGCCCUCACCUACGCCACCAUCCAAGAGAUGCAGGCCAUGAUGACCUUUGACCCUCAGGACAUUAUAUCGGCUGGAAACACAAUGAAGGAGGCGCAGGCCGUGUGCCAGAGGUUCAGGAAGAAAUCAUCAGUAGCAGAAUCGUUCAACAGCCUCAUCCACAGGCAGGGGGAGCAGUUCACCGAAGAGGAGCUCCACGCCGAGAUCUGUUAUGCCGAGUGUCUCCUGCAGAGGGCGGCCCUCACCUUCCUGCAGGAUGAGAACAUGAUCAGCUUCAUCAAGGGAGGGAUGAAGGUGCGGAACAGCUACCAGAUGUACAAGGAUCUGCACGGCAUUGUCCAGUCGUCCCAGUGCCCCCGGUCAGAAGGCCACUCGCAUGUGGAAGGAGGUGUGAAGCUGGGCGUCGGAGCCUUCAAUCUGACUCUUUCCAUGCUGCCCACACGGAUACUGCGACUGUUGGAAUUUGUUGGAUUCUCGGGCAAUAAGGGGUACGGGUUGCAGCAGCUCCAAGAGGGGGCGUCCACUCAAAAUUUCCGGGCGGUCCUGUGCACCAUGCUGCUCCUCUGCUAUCACACCUUCCUGAGCUUCGUUCUGGGUACUGGAGAAGGAGACGUGGAAGACGCAGAGAGACUCCUGCAGCCCUACCUGGAGCAGUACCCCAAGGGGGCGAUCUUCCUGUUCUUUGCUGGUCGGAUUGAGGAGAUUAAAGGGAAUCUGGACACGGCGAUCGCCCGCUUCGAGGAGUGCUGUGAGGCCCAGCAGCACUGGAAGCAGUUCCACCACAUGUGCUACUGGGAGCUGAUGUGGUGCUUCACCUACAAGCGCCAGUGGAAGAUGGCCUACUUCUACGCCGACCUGCUGUGGAAGGAGAACUCCUGGUCCAAGGCCACCUACGCCUACAUGAAGGCGGCUUACCUCAGCAUGCUGAGCGACGAGGACUGCAAGCCCUUUGGUGAGGACGAGGUGCAGAUAUUCAGACAGGUGACCACCAUGAAACAGAAGAUUGCGGGGAAGUCGCUGCCUACAGAGAAGUUUGCCAUUCGUAAAGCUCGCCGCUACCUGGUGCCCGAUGCCCUCCCGCUUCAGGUGCCCCCACUGGAGAUGAUGUACAUCUGGAACGGUUACACGGUCAUCGGGAGACAUCGAGACCUGACCAUCGGGAUGCUGCAGACGCUGGAAGAGGCCCAGCAGAAGUUGGAGCAGCUGCCAGUGGUGGACCACACGCCAGACGACAUGUGCCUGCUGAGCCUCCUCAAAGGACUCUGUCUGAAGCAGCUGGGCUGCCCCCUAGAGGCCGAGCAGUACUUCAACUUCAUCCACUGCAAUGAAGCACGGAUUAAACACGACCACUACUUGGCCCCCAACGCCCUUCUGGAGCACGGCCUGCUGUGUAUGGAGUCGGGAAGAAUGGACGAGGCCAUCAAGUUCUUGGAAAAUGCCAAACAAAACUACAAGAAUUACUCCAUGGAGUCCCGGACGCAUUUCCGUAUCCAAGCCGCCCUGCAGACAGCAAAACUGGCCCGGGGCAACGGAUCUCGCUCUUCGUCCCCAAUGCCACCCCGUCACGUGGCAAGACAGCAGGACACAACAAACACCACCGUCCGAGAAGGCGACUGAGGGACGAGUGCGGUGGGGUGGACAAUUCCUGGAGCGGGGGGCAGUGCCAGCGUCUCUUCUCCACUGGAGCCCUACAUGCCAACCUGGACAACAAAGAGCUGUUGCCAUGUCGGGGGUCCUGACCCCCCCCUUCAGCCUGCGCCCAUGUCGGGCGGUGGACAAGAAUCAAUUCAACCUCUCCUGAGCCUCUUGGACACCUGUGCCCACCCAGUUUUGGGGCAGCGGGUUUACUUUUUAAAUGACGAUUGUGUUGCGUUAGUAAGCCAGCAGGUGGCGCCAAUCUGCAAUGGAUGAGACCCCAACGGGGAGUGUGGGUUGGAGUUGG